GUUGGCAGAGGCACUUCACUAUAAGGGUAUUCCAUACGUGAUAUAUUGGAAGAAUGCAUUUUCCUGUUAUGCUUCUUCCCAUUUUCGCCAUGCAUUAUUUUCAGUGGUACAGAGUUCAUCUUGUCAUACUUGGGAUGCUUUCCGACUUGCUCAUGCAUCCUUCAGGCUUUACUGUGAUCAAAACAACCUUGUCCUCCCUUCUAACAGCCAGAUAGGGAAUGGUAAGUUGGGCCCCUGCCUUCUGGGGGACCCUCCUAAGGUCAAUGUGACCCCACCGGAGAUAGGUGCUGGAGAUGAUGAAGAAAGCUCUUCUGGCACUCUUCCUGCUAUAAAGAUAUAUGAUGAGGAUGUGAACAUGAGGUUUCUAGUUUGUGGAGUCGCAUGCACAUUGGAUGCAUGCUUAUUACGGUCAUUCGAAGAUGGCCUCAAUGCUCUCUUGAAUAUUGAAAUUAGAGGAAGCAAACUCCAUAACCGGGUUAGUGCCCUUCCACCACCCCUUCAGGCGGAGACAUUUUCUCGUGGUGUUGUGACCAUGCGAUGUGACUUAUCAACCAGUAGUUCAGCCUACAUCUCACUUCUGGUGUCAGGUAGUGCACAGACAUGUUUUGAUGAUCAGCUCUUGGAGGAUCAUAUAAAAAAUGAAGUUGUAGAAAAGAGUCAACUGGUUCAUGCACUGCCAAAUAGCGAGGAAAACAAGAUGCCUUUGUCUGAACCUCGGAGAUCUGCUUCAAUAGCUUGUGGGGCUACAGUAUUUGAAGUUUGCUUGAAGGUUCCGACAUGGGCUUCACAGGUUUUGAGGCAGUUAGCACCAGAUGUUUCUUACCGUAGUUUAGUUGUACUUGGUAUCGCCAGCAUUCAGGGAUUAGCUGUUGCUUCAUUCGAGAAAGAUGAUGCAGAGAGGCUCCUUUUCUUUGGUGCAAGGCAAGGGAAAGAUGUCAGUCUAAACAAUUUUAAUGUCUGCAGUUGUCCCACUUGGUUGAGGUCGCCUGCUCCACGUAGAAAGAGAACCGAAAUGUGCCCAGAAACAAGCCCUGUGUCUCCAAAUAGUUUAAUUUCUGGAAAUCACGAUGGUGUCAAAAUAGAAGACCAAGAGAAUAAGGAAGCUGGAUUAAUAAAUUGGGUUAUGAUGCCCUUAGUUCAUCCUGCUAGACAAAAAUUGAAAGUUGCUGCAAUGAGGCCCAUACCUCACAUUCGUCACCAGAAGAUGCUGCCCUUUUCUGGAAUUUCUGAGGCAGCUGGACAUGAUGGAAGCCUAGUGAAGGCUAACUUAUCUGUUGGACCUUCCACAAAGCAUAGCAUUGUUGGAGCAAAUCCUGUUACCCAUCGGAAAACAUCAUCAAGCUCAUAUCAGGCAAAGCAAAUUAUUUCCUUGAAUCCUCUUCCUUUGAAGAAACAUGGCUGUGGGAGAAGCCCAAUACACGUGUGUACCGAGGAGGAGUUUCUUAAGGAUGUCAUGCAGUUUUUAAUCCUUCGGGGGCACACUCGUCUGAUUCCUCAAGGUGGGCAUUCUGAGUUCCCAGAUGCUAUACUCAAUGCAAAGCGUCUUGAUCUCUUCAACUUGUAUAGAGAGGUGGUUUCACGAGGUGGCUUUCAUGUUGGCAAUGGCAUCAAUUGGAAAGGGCAGAUAGAGUUAAAAGAAAAGGAGCAACUCUGA